AUGUAUCCUGAUUCAGAGAACAUGCCACGACGCGGAACUGAUUAUGAUUACUCUGAAGACAUUCGAUCAUUCCUCUCACCGGUUCCAGGAUUUGAUGGACAAGUUGGUGGCGGUCAUGGUCAUCGUCCACCUGAUUCCUCCUUUGCCAGGUCUGGUCCUGAUAAUGACGGGGCCGGGCCAACAGACACUCAGACCCGGCUCAACCUCCUCAGCAUACAGCAUCAUUAUCAACAAACGCAACAUCAGUCUCCAGGUCGUCGUCGUGACAGUGAUCCCACAGGUUAUUCGUUCGUCCAAGGCUCCUUGGCACCACUGCCCGACCCUCAGGUGACCUUCACCUAUGAUCAAGGCGAUCACAAUGAUCGUCCACCAGUCCUACCCCAUUUUGAACGUUGCGGUUCCGUCAUGCAAAUGCAAACACCCCAGCCGCCUCAGCCAACCUUUAGUGGUUAUUAUCAAGGCAGUCUAACUCAAGCUGUGCCUCCAGCACCAGCACCAGCGGCACCAUCUGAUCAUUCCCGUUCUGUGACGCCGACUGUGUACACGCCUCAGUCAACCCUAGUAAUAGCCCUCGGUGGUCAUCAGGGUGAUCUGAGUCAUCGUGACAAUGUUCAUCUGCCUCCACCAGUCACGAUACCAUCCCAUCAUCGACAUCCCAUAACACAGAUGCAUACUCCCCAAACGACCUUCGACGAUUAUCAAGGCAAUGCGCCUCAAAAUCUACCAAUCCCAUCUGAUCAUUCACAUUCAAUGCGCACACCUCAGUCAACCCUCGGCAAUUAUCAAGGAAAUGCGGCGCUUGUACCAAUCAUCCCACCUGAUCUGAGUCGUUCUCAUUCACUUUACACCCCAUUUGGUCCUUAUCCAGGUGCCAUGCAAACACCAAUUCCAAGCAAUUGGCUUCCAUCACUCCCACCCAAUCCACAUUCGGGUGUUGCCAGUGUGGCGCAGAUGAAUGCACCCCCGCCAACCCUCAACGAUUAUGAUGGCAGUUUGCUUUCAUCGGUCAUGGUCCCAUCUCAGGAUCUCCGUCCGAGUGAUCUGGCACUCAGACUACAGCCGCCGCCAGCUUUUGCUGAUUAUCGGCGCAGUUUUGCUGCUCCAGUCAUGUCUAUGGACGGUAUUUCCUCACUACCAUCAGUAGCACCAGAUGAUGUGCAACCCCUCACGAUCCUCACACCCCCCAUCUACCUGAGUAGCCAAACAUCUGAAAAAUGCAAGGGUGACUGGCGAUUCAUCGAACAUUCUGGUCCGCGACGAAAAAUGUUCAAAACCCCCUCACUAGAGCCCUCUGACCCGGUCACCACUGAGUCUAUGCCGCAUAUCCAUUUUCCCCCUCUCGAAUAUUGA